CGUUCUCUUCUCUUCUCUUCUUUCCCUUCUUUCCCCAUAUCAAAAAGAAGGAUAAAAACUCCUUGAAAAUUCCCCAUUUCAUCAAAAACCAAAACUUUUCUUCAAAGAUUGGAGUCUUUUUCACAAUUACCCAUAUUUUCUCUUGAAAAUUCCAUUUACCAGAAACGUAAUUUGGAAUUCAGAGCUGGCAUUUCCCCUAUAAAUACUGGAAAGACUUCAUUUUCUUUUUCUAAUUUGCUCAAUAUAGCAAUUCAUCACAUUUGGAUUGUUUUUCUCCUUACAUCUUCAAUCAUCCAAGUAUUUUUAAAAUUGUUAAUUGCCCAAUUUGAUUUUGAUCAUGUUGAUCGUGUAUGAUUAACACACUUUCCAUUUUGCCGUACAAAUUAGAGGAAUUUUUUUACUAUUUUUCUUCUGUUGUAAAAUGAGGUUUUUCUGAUGAUAACUUAUAUUCCUCUUUUAUAUUGUAAAUUACUUAUUUUGAGUGGGUACUUUGGGUUUUUAUUGCUUGGAGAUGAUGGAGAACAGUGAAGAAGCAGUGGAUGAUCAAGGCUCGGGAUGGCUUGAAGUGAAAAAGAAGCACAGAAGCAGCUCAAAGUUUUCUGUACAAAGCUGGGUUGGGGGAUUUUCAGCAAAAAAUGCUAAUAAUUUGAUUAGAGGUCAGCCUUCGUCAUAUGAGAAGGGUGGAAUUGUGCAAGGAAAAUGCAGAUCUCAGCUUCAAACAUCUGGAAGAAAUUCAGAUGUACAUAGCUGGGGUGGUCUUGAAAAGUCUACAGCUGAGUCAAAUGAGGAUAAAAAGGAUGUGUGUUAUCUUGAUAAAUGUGUUGUUAAGCAAGACCAUGAAGGCCCCAUGUCCCCUUCUUUUUUUGUUAAAAAUUCUAAUGGUAGUUGUGCAGAUAACCAAAAAAUUUUAUCAAAGGAUAAACCCCAUAUUGUUCACAAAAUCAAGUGGGGUGAUUUAGAAGAUGAUGUUCUGGUAGCACAUCAUGAAAACAACAUUGGAGCUGAAAUCAAGUUCGGUGAUAUUGGAGAUGAUAAUGUGGUAGGCUGUAGGAAGCAUGACAAUACUUGUAACUCACUUUCAUGUAGUUCUUGUACUAACCUCCAAGAAAACACCGUAGAAGCAUCCAUGGAUGUAGAUAGUCAUUCUUGUCAGAUAUCUCCAUUGACUCCUAAGGAUGAAACAAUGGAAGAAACCUUUAAAGAGGCAUGUGAAAUAUCUUCAGAGGCUUUGGAAGCACAGAAUGACAAUGACAAAAUAAUUUCUGAGGAUGAUGGUUACAACGAAAUACAUUCUGAACACAUCAAACAAAUAAAUGAUAAUCAAGUAGAUUCUAGCUUCCUAUCUUGUCAAGCCUCUGGACCAGCAGUGAUACUUGAGGUGCCUGAUGUCAUGUUGGAGGUCGGCAAGCCAAAAAUAUCAGAAGCAUCUCUUGUAGAUGGUGGUUCAAGCACAGAGAUGGUUUCCCUGGAUGGAGUGUCACUUCCACCUGAGAACAGUGGACCUGAAACUCUGAGAGAAUCAAUUAUGACAGAUUGUAUGCAGGAUGGUAGAAUACCUGGUGAUCUGUCAAAAGCUCAGAUUAUAACUGCUCUUGGAGAAGGUGAUGCAGGAGAAAGCAAAGAAAGGUUUAGGGAACGGCUUUGGUGCUUCCUAUUUGAGAACCUUAACAGGGCAGUGGAUGAACUUUAUCUUCUUUGUGAACUAGAAUGUGAUCUGGAGCAGAUGAAAGAGGCCAUUCUUGUUCUCGAAGAGGCUGCUUCUGACUUUAAAGAAUUAACUACAAGAGUGGAAGAAUUUGAGAAUGUGAAGAAGUCCUCUUCUCAAGUGGUUGACGGUGUGCCAAUUACUUUAAGGAGUGACCAUCGAAGGCCACAUGCUCUCUCAUGGGAGGUUCGUAGAAUGACAACUUCACCUCACAGAGCAGAGAUACUGUCUUCAUCUUUAGAGGCUUUUAAAAAGAUUCAACAAGAAAGAGCUGGACGACGUCCGGGUGACAGCAAGAAAUCUCUGGGGCAGGACAGGUCUGACCGUGCUUCUACAUCUGGUGAUAACUCAAGGAAGUCAAUUAUGCUGUCUGAUGUAACAUCCAGUGAUAAAGAAUCAGGGAUAAAGUCAAGAAAACUCAGUGGAGGUUCAGAUCUUACUCAAGGGAACCUAAAUGGAGAGAAACGAAAUAUUGAAUCAGGCAAGUCUAGCAAAUUAUACUCUGUUCAAAAUGGUCGUGACCCGACAAAGAACUAUAUCUCUUCUGACGUUGCUUCAUCUAGGCCACUUCUUAAGGACUGCUCUGCUGUGUCUGGUUCUGGAAAGAGCAAGAGAGAAUAUCUUGGGUCUGAAACUGAGAAGCUGCUUUCUAGGAAAGAUAAAACAUUAAUAGAAAAUAUUGUUGAAAAAAACUCCAAGAGUGUGGAUCACAUGAAGAGGCAAAUUCCUUCCGAAAAAGACAAAGAUAAGAGAAAUGCUACUUCAUGGAAAUCCAUGGAUGCAUGGAAGGAGAAGAGGAACUGGGAAGACAUACUUUCAUCUCCUUUCCGUGUUUCUUAUCGUGUAUCACACUCGCCCAACGUUGGUAAAAAAAGUGCUGAGCGUGUACGUAUUUUGCAUGAAAAACUAAUGUCCCCUGAGAAGAAGAAGAAAACUGCUUUGGAUUUGAAGAAGGAAGCAGAGGAAAAGCAUGCACGGGCCUUGAGGAUCCGAAGUGAGUUGGAGAAUGAAAGAGUUCAAAAACUUCAGCGCACCUCAGAGAAACUGAGUCGUGUCAAUGAGUGGCAGGCUGUUCGGACUAUGAAGUUACGAGAGGGAAUGCAUGCCCGCCAGCAGCGUGGUGAAUCACGACAUGAAGCUUUUCUAGCAGAAGUUGUGAGGAGAGCUGGUGACGAAAGCAGUAAAGUUAAUGAGGUUCGUUUCAUUACUUCAUUAAAUGAAGAAAAUAAAAAGCUUAUGUUGCGCCAGAAACUGCAAGAUUCAGAGUUGAGGAGAGCUGAAAAACUUCAAGUGAUGAAAACUAAGCAGAAAGAAGAUAUGGCUAGAGAAGAAGCUGUUUUCGAACGCAGAAAGCUCAUUGAAGCUGAAAAGUUACAACGUCUUGCUGAGACACAGAGGAAAAAGGAGGAGGCUCAAAUUAGGAGGGAAGAAGAACGGAAGGCAUCAAGUGCAGCCAGGGAGGCAAGGGCCAUAGAGCAGCUUCGGAGGAGGGAGGAAAGAGCGAAAGCUCAGCAAGAGGAAGCUGAACUUCUAGCACAGAAAUUAGCUGAAAGACUUAGUGAAAGUGAGCAACGUCGUAAAUUUUACCUUGAACAAAUACGCGAGAGAGCUUCUAUGGAUUUCAGGGAUCAGUCUUCGCCUUUACUGCGCCGAUCUGUUAAUAAAGAGAGUCAGGGCAGAUCUACUCCAACCAACAAUAGUGACGAUUGUCAAGCAAAUGGUAGUGUUAUUUUAGGAAACUCUGCACUUUCGACAGGCAAUGGUGCUUUGCAACACUCACUGAAGCGAAGGAUUAAAAGAAUUCGGCAAAGACUUAUGGCUCUAAAAUUUGAAUUUUCUGAGCCUCCUGCUGCUCCUGAGAAUACUGGAAUUGGAUAUAGAACAGCUGUGGGAACUGCAAGAGCAAAAAUUGGGAGGUGGCUUCAGGAACUUCAGAAACUUCGUCAAGCUAGAAAAGAAGGAGCCUCAAGUAUAGGCUUAAUAACUGCUGAAAUGGUCAAGUUUUUGGAAGGAAAAGAACCUGAGCUGCAGGCUUCUCGCCAAGCUGGUCUGCUUGAUUUUAUUGCUUCUGCCCUGCCUGCUUCACAUACAUCAAAGCCUGAAGCUUGUCAGGUGACAAUACAUCUUUUAAAACUUCUGAGGGUGGUGUUAUCUACUCCUGUGAACAGGAGUUAUUUUCUUGCACAGAAUCUUUUACCUCCUAUGAUCCCUAUGCUGUCAGCAGCCCUUGAGAACUAUAUAAAGAUUGCUGCAUCUUUAAAUCUCCCUGGAAGCACCAACUCACUAUCAUGCAAAACAUUACUAGAAAAUUUUGAAUCAGUCUCUGAAGUAUUAGAUGGUUUUUUAUGGACCAUCUCUGCGAUUAUUGGUCACAUAAGCUCUGACGAACGACAACUCCAAAUGCGAGACGGGUUGCUGGAGUUAUUAAUUGCCUACCAAGUUAUUCACCGGCUGCGAGAUCUUUUUGCACUGUAUGAUAGGCCCCAGGUUGAAGGGUCCCCAUUCCCUUCAUCGAUUCUCUUGAGCAUCCAUCUACUGGUGGUUUUGACAUCCAGUCCUGGAAAUAGUUCCAUUAAUUGGGAAUCUUUACCUAUUGAAAUGGAACUGGGUAAUGCAAGUGAAGAAACUAAGAUUGCAGCCACUCCUGAUUGUGGAUGUUCCUUUGUAACUAAUAACAAUGGAGAUGAUAGACCUUCAUUAUCUGCACUAAAUGGUAGCACAGUUGCACCGCUGUCUGAUGUACCCGAGGAUAGACCAUUAGAUGAAUCAUGUAGAAUAAAUAAAAAUGAUAAUUUAGUAUUAAUAGGCAAAGAUGUUGAAAAGAAGACAACUGAUGGUUCAGUUCAGUUGAAUAAUGUUAGCACUGCCGGGAUAGAUGGUACAGAUGGAUCACAGAAAAAUCUAGUUGAGCAGAAGGAAGAGAAACUCGUCAUCAUUCCCAGUGAGGAGAAAUUGAAUGAAAACAUAUCAAGCUUGAAACAACCGUUGGCAUUCCUUCUUUCCGCUAUAUCUGAAAGUGGAUUAGUCAGUCUUCCUUCUCUGUUGACGAGUGUGCUACUUCAAGCAAACAAUAGGUUAUCUUCUGAUCAGGCUUCAAAUGCCCUUCCAUCUAAUUUUGAAGAGGUGGCAACUGGAGUGCUAAAGGUUCUGAACAAUUUGGCUCUACUGGAUAUUACAUUUAUGCAGAGAAUGCUGGCUAGGCCAGACCUGAAAAUGGAGUUUUUCCACUUGAUGAGUUUCCUUCUUUCUUAUUGCACGAGCAAAUGGAAAGCACCUAAUGAUCAGAUUGGUUUGCUUCUCCUUGAAUCUAUGCUGCUUCUUGGUUACUUUGCCUUGUUCCACCCUGGGAAUCAAGCUGUUCUUCGAUGGGGUAAAAGUCCCACAAUACUUCACAAGGUGUGUGAUCUGCCGUUCGUGUUCUUCAGUGACCCAGAUUUGAUGCCAGUCUUGGCAGGGACGCUUCUUGCUGCCUGUUACGGUUGUGAACAGAAUAAGGGUGUAGUUCAGCAGGAGCUCAGUAUGGAUAUGCUACUUUCCUUGCUAAGAUCUUGCAGAAAUAUCUUACCAACAGUCAGAUCCAAUUCAAAUGCAGAAAAUCUAUCAGGAGAGGAUUCUAGUGAGUGUAACCAGCAGGGUGAUUUUAAAAGAUCUCAUGGGGACAUUCCUAUAAGAUCCAGUCGUAACAUUGCCAGAAGCACAAGGGUCUCUGGGGGCAAGGGCAGUGCUUUAGGAAACACCAUCAGAGUUGGCAAGAUGAGAAACCAAAGAGAUAGCAGAUUAACAAAAACUUGUGAGGAAACAAUUACUAAACAAAACCUACCAGUUUUAGGGACUUCAAUAAUGUUAUACUGUAGAUUUCCUAGCAGCUUCAUUGACAGAGCAGAGCAUUUCUUUUCAGUUGGGAUCACCAAUAUGGGUGGUGAAGUGUGAGGUAACCACCAUGAAAUUCUUCUCAUCAUAUUUGGCAUUAAUUGGCUUUGCAGCUGAAAUUUCGGGAGGUCAUAUAACUAAAUAUUGCAAUAGAGACUCUUUUUGUGCUCCAGCAGAUGCUUUGCAGAAAUCUGCUACAGUUUAAGAAGAUUUUGAUCAUAAUCACUGAUCACUAGGCUUCCUCCAAGCCAGUUGUGAUGCGAAUUCUUUUCGCAACAUUUUAGUUUGGAAAAAGAGUAAAAAGGUAGUUCUUUUGAAACUAAACUUUGACUCAUCUUGUAAUUAUGUGUCAGCAUGGUUUACUGGCUUCGUAUGUGUGUCAUAUGUUAGAUCUGAGUUAUGAGUUAAGAAUGCAGUAACCAUUGGUUUAGGAAGCUAGCAUAUGUUACAAUGGACAGGCUUUCCUUUUAUCUAUCGUCAACACUUGUUGGCUGAAGUUACACUGAAGUUUUAUAAGUUUUUCCUGUAUCAUGCAUUCCAUGGGGCUGAGUUGUAAAGUACUGACGGCCAAAUGCUUGAUGGUCCAACACUACGAGAUCAUUGAAGUUUACAUGCUCUACAAUGUGAUGUUCUUUUUUAUUCUGAGAGAAGCAGGAAAGAAGGGCAAACAUAUUUACCUUGUGGAAAGUGAGGGAGUGUAGGUUUUAACAAAUCAGUUUGAUGCUCUAAUGGUCAUAAUAGGUUGGAUGCCAUAGCCAAUGGUAUAGCAGUGAACGCAGAGAUGUGAAUGAUGUUACUACCAUGCACACAUUGUUGAGUAAGCAUAUUAGUUUGUUACGUUUUAUUUAUAUGCAUAUAAUCGUUGUGAAGAUUGAAA